CCGCAGAAUUGAUGCAACACUCAGAUAAAGGUCAGGCUUUCUAUCCGCUGAAUUUCAACACUGCAUUUAUUAAACCAAACCGGUUUCCUGAACCGGUCGUUGUUUGCCACGAGGGUGAAGGGACGUUUUUACAUCCAGUAAGCUACUGCCUAACUUUAUGACAGCCUUAGCUGACGUCCGUGACUUUGGUCAGUGGGAAAGCAGCGUGCACUAACAGCACGUACGCAUAGUCGGUGUUCGUUUUUAAACCCAACGGCUCAGUUUAAGUCUUCCGUGAUGUCUGGGUCCAAAUGUACUCGGCUCAGCGGGGCGCUGGUGAAACAAGUGCUGGACUCGGUGGACAGCGUCCUGUUUGACUGCGACGGGGUCAUUUGGCGGGGGGACCAGGCCAUCCCCGGCGCUCCCCAGGUCAUAAACCUGCUCAAGGAAAACGGGAAGAAAGUCUUCUUCCUCACCAACAACAGCAGCAAGACGAGGAAGAUGUACGCCGACAAAAUGUCCACGCUGGGCUUCAACGUGAAAGAAGACGAGGUGUUCGGGACCGCGUACUGCGCCGCCGUGUACCUGAAGACGGUCUGCAAGCUGGAGGGCAAAGUGUACCUGAUCGGGAGCGACGCGAUGAGGCAAGAGCUGGAGGCGGUGGGGAUCCAGCAGACCGGGGUGGGAGCUGACCACAUCUCCGGGAAGCAGAGCGACUGGGCCAGCGUGCCUCUGGAUCCCGAGGUGAAGGCGGUGGUGGUCGGCUUCGAUCAACACUUCAGUUACAUGAAGCUGAACAGAGCCUUGCAGUACCUGAUCCAGCAGGACUGUCUGUUCGUGGGAACCAACAGGGACACCAGGCUGCCCCUAGAGGGGGGCAAGGCUGUGCCAGGUACAGGCUGCCUGCUGCAGGCCGUCGAGACAGCGGCGCAGCACCAGGCCCAGACGGUGGGCAAGCCCAACCACUUCAUGUUCGACUGCGUGGCCUCCCAGUUCGGCGUGGAGCCCGGCCGCUGCCUGAUGGUGGGCGACCGCCUCGACACAGACAUCAUGCUGGGCUCCAACUGCGGCCUGAAGACCCUCCUCACCCUCACGGGGGUCAGCACUGUGGCGGACGUGGAGGCCCAUCAGAAGAGUGGCUGCGCGGAGAGGCAGGGGAUGGUGCCGGACUAUUACGUGGAGAGCAUUGCAGACCUUCUUCCGGCUCUGCAGGGAUGAAACUGCAGUACCUGUCAGCCUUGCAGCUGUAAACCUGAGGAAUUUGGCUCACCUGCCACAUGCCAGGCACCUUUGUCUUCUAAAAGGGAAUAUUUUUCAUUCACAUUAAUAUAAUUCAGAUCAUCUCUGUUACAAGGUCACAACCAAGCAGCCAGCUGCUCUGUGACAGAGGAGGCAAAGACUGUUAUUAUUAUAUUAUUAUUAUAAUUAUUAUUAUUAGACUAAACCAUUAUUAAUACCUGCAGUACCUCAUGGUACUGAUGUUUUAUUAUUAAUCACGUAACAACAAUGAUUUCAGUAUUGUUUCAAUGUCAUUUAAUCGCUAAAGAAACUCAAGGAGUAGAGUGUGUGUUCCUUUUGUAGGAUGGUGAGUGUCACCCUGUCUGUGAUGCAAUCUCCACUUAAGCAACUAUAAGUCAAACUGAAAGAGGGAAGUGAGCACACAAAAUGUGUGCCAACAGUUUGAUCAUAUAUGUGUGUUCAGGUUCACAGCUCUGUUCCAAAGUCUUCGAAAAGCAUCCACAGAGCAGAGCUACAUGGCACGGAACUGGUCUGACUUGAGCUGUCUGUUUUUUAUGUUUUCACACCUCAGCAGAAAGCACUAACACAGUUACCCUCACGGGACGGUGCAAUGAUACCCUGUUUUUGUGUCAUUAGUGAAACAGUGAUUAACAGACUGGAAUACAUCCGAUCCUUUUACCAUCUGUUUUUUGUGACUUGUCCCCGACUCCCAGAGUCACUGAACAAAAUGCUCAAAUUCUUAAUAAAAUGCAAAUUAUCUUG